GUAUAGGGGGGAGGAGGGCUUCCCCUCCAGCUGCAGGCCAGGUGGCCGUAGUCCAGGGACGCACAGGCUGAUGCUGGCCUCUGAGGCGUGGUCCUGCUAGCUUUGGUGAGCGAACCUGGUCAGCCCCCAAGUGGACACGGAUUUGCCCUGGGACUGUCCUGAGCAGGGAAACUAGUGUGAGGGAUGGGCUCUAGCCCAGUGUGGCUUGCCCCACACAGACUCAGAGGGCCCUGUGUGGGGUCAGGGAGUGUGGGGAUAUGUUCAGGGGUGCUCCUGGAGGAGGGUGGUGGUCAGGAAUGUGCGGAGUGGAGGUGGGAGAUGCUUGCUGGAGACGUCACACUUCUGCUCUCUCCUUUUCAGGGACAUACAGUUUGGUCUGCUUCGACUGUGCGGUAGUGAACAGCUUUACUUGUUCCACUAUACGGACGUGUAUCUAUGAUAUCAGGCGCUGCAUGACUAUUUCCAUUCGUUUGAACUCUCGUGAACUCCUUGUUUACAAAAACUGUACAUUCAACUGCACAUUUUUAUAUCCGGUUGAAGUGCCCCCAGAAGCACCAAGAAAAAUCACAAGAUACACGAAUUUCUAUUACGUUCGUUGUUGUAGUAGUAUGCGUUGCAACGAUGGAGGACCUACUAAUAUUGAGAGGGAUAUCUUUCCCUUUCAAACAAUUGAGGAGGAACUAUCGCGAGGAACUGUGUAUUUGGGAGAAUCCACCUUUUUCCUGAGCCUCGCCUCCAUCAUCUCCAUCAUCGUAGGCAAAACGCUGACUUGA